AGUUGGGAGGAGAGAGAGAGAACGAGAGAGGGAGGAAAGCUUAACAGACAAACAAUGAGCGACAGACACCGGGGGAGAAGAGGACAGACAGACAGAGAGAAUAAACGGGUGGACAGACUGAGUGAGUUAUGGAUUUUCAGAGCCAGUGAGCUGGAAAAGAGAAGUGCACAACCACUGUGCCCCUGAAAAAGGUGAGUGAAGAAGGUAGGGAGGAGGGCUGUGAAGACAGAAGGAGAGAGAGAGGUGAGAUGGAGGGUCUGAAAUAUCUCAUGGACCGUGAACAGUUUUGUAACUGUAGUGAGAUUUGAGGAGACCAUAAAGCAUGUACCUGAGGUACAGAGUAGUGUAUGUUUUGUAACUGUAGUGAGAUUUGAGGAGACCAUAAAGCAUGUACCUGAGGUACAGAGUAGUGUAUGUUUUGUAACUUUCGUGAAAUUUGAGGAGACCAUAAAGUAUGUACCUGAGGUACAGAGUAGUGUAUGUUUUGGUUUGACCACAUACAGUUCUAGAAAAUUUAGAUAUAAUUCUGUGAAAGAGUUUUAGAAGGACGGAAGAAUUGACGUAUGAGGAGGACGAGAGACAGAGAUUACAAAGCAAAAAGUCACUUGGAGGAAAAUAUUGAGACAAUCUUUUUUUACACAUUAACACAAUCCUCCAUCUACUGUAAUAUUGCAGACACUGCAUUUGGACAGAAGGAGAGAGAGAGAAAGAAGGAGAGGGAGAGAAGGGACGCACCAAAAAAGGGCUGGAGUUAGAGUCGGAGUAACUGCAUGCUUAACAGACACUGUAGAGCCACGGGGAGAGAAGAAUAAGGGGGCGGAGAGACAGAGACAGAGAGACAGAGAGACAGAGAGACAGAGAGACAGAGAGACAGACAGACAGACAGACAGACAGACAGACAGACAGACAGACAGACAGACAGACAGACAGACAGACAGACAUUUCAGCUGGUGUAAGCCCCCAGCAGUCACACACAACCACACCCCCACACACACACAAACACAAAUACACACACUAUACAGAGUGAAGGACUGACAGAUGACAGGGGAGUUACAAGGGGCACAGAGCAAAGAUAGACGGAUCGAGAGAGAGAGAGAGAGAGAGAGAGGGAGGGCGAAAGAGAGAGAGAGUGACAGAGACAGGGAGGAAGAGAGAGAGCGGGGAGGCACUGUAAACUACAGGAAGCCCCGGUGUGAAACAAACAAGGGACAGUGGCUAGAAGAGCUCCACUCCAGAACCAGCCACCAGCCUCCAGUCUCCAUGGACUCCAGGGAGUCGCAGCACCACUGAACCGAGGCCCUCCUCUGCUGGACAGCAUGUCGGCGGGCCCGGGACCUCGUGACUCAGAUCUACUGCUGUUGGAACUCCAGGCCCCAGGGCCGGUUGGACUGCAGACACUGUUGGACCUGCUAGUGGGGGUGUACCAAGAGUUCCACUCGUCACCCCUUGCCAGGGAGAAGUACGUCUCAAGCUUCCUACAAUGGGCGGAGCCCCUGGUGAGGCAGGUGAAGAAGACACGCAUCAAGAGGGAUGACUUCCACAUCUUGAAGGUGAUUGGUCGAGGGACCUUCAGUGAGGUGGCUGUGGCGAGGAUGCGUAGCACACAACAAGUGUACGCGCUGAAGAUUAUGAAUAAGUGGGACAUGCUGAAGCGAGGAGAGACAGCUUGUUACCAGGAGGAAAGAGAGGUUCUGCUGAAGGGUGAUCGAAGGUGGAUCACAGAGCUGCACUAUGCCUUCCAGGACGACAAUUACCUGUACCUGGUGAUGGACUACUACGUGGGUGGUGACCUGUUGACCCUGCUCAGUAAGUUUGGCGACCGUAUCCCUGAGGACAUGGCCCAGUUCUACUUGGCUGAGAUGGUCAUGGCGAUCGACUCCAUCCACAGGAUGGGCUAUGUGCACAGGGACAUCAAACCKGACAACAUCAUGCUGACGGCGGAGGGCCACGUCAGGCUGGGGGACUUUGGUUCCUGUCUGAGGGUCCAGGAGGAUGGCAUGGUGCACUCUUCCCUGGCGGUGGGCACACCCGACUACCUGUCCCCAGAGAUCCUGCGUGCGGUGGAGGGAGGGGGAGGCUAUGGCCCUGAGUGUGACUGGUGGGCCCUGGGGGUCUGUGCCUACGAGAUGCUGCAGGGGACCACACCCUUCUACGCAGACUCCAUCUCUGAGACCUACGCCAAGAUCAUGAACUUCCAGGAGCACUUUGAGUUCCCCCCGUCUGGCCCCGAGGUUUCAGAUGAGGCCCGUUCCCUCAUCAUGGGGCUAAUCUGCGAGAGGGAGGAUCGUAUGGGGACCAGGGGUUCUGGGGACUUCAGGGCCCACCCCUUCUUCUGUGGACUAGACUGGGGCUCCCUGCAUGAACUUCCAGCACCCUUCCAACCUGAAGUCUCCAACGCCACUGACACCUCCAACUUUGACGUGUUGGAUGACUGCCUCAGUGAAAUGGAAACACUGAGUGAUGUUAUGGACAAGGCCCCUAUCGGAGUUCACCUGGCUUUCGUUGGCUACUCCUACACAGCUACAAGACAGACAGGUGCCUUGGAUCGCAGUCGUGACAUCAUGAUGGAGAUUGACCACCAGCGACACCUUGGGUUGCCAAGCUUCAAUUUCCAGGAUAAGCUCAGUCAGAUGUGGCAGCUCAGAGAUGUCCUGACCACGCCUGACAACCUGCCUGCCCUGCUUGAGCUCCCCCUAGCCUUGGAGCAGGGUACUGCAGAGUCGGCUCACACCACAACAGAGGAGGAAGAGGAGGAGAACGACCAGAAUUCAGUACUUGAUGAGGAUCUGCACAGGCGGCUGCAAGAGGCAGAGAAGAGGAAUGGAGAGCUGGAGAAAGAGAUGGAGAGGCUGAGGGGGGAGAUCCAGGACCUGAAGUCCCCCAAGGAGACAGGCAAGGGACCCAGCACUCAUCCCUCCUCAUCUCCUCUUCAAAAAACCCUCAUGCCUGAAUCAUUCCCUGUUCUAUCAUCCUUCCUUGGGUUUCUUUUCCAUCCAUUUUGAACUUUUGACCUGAAGGUUGUGUCGUGUUCAUAAAGGUACACAACUGAAAACUUUUAAAACCGUUUUGCGACGGAAAACUAAAAUGAGCUUUUCUUAUUGGAAAAAUCCAGCUAGUCCCUCCCUUUUUCAAAACAUGUUCAUACAUUUGAUGCCUUAUGAACACAACCCUGGAAUUGUGUAGCAGCAUUACCUCAUCCCAUAGACAUCUAUAAGCGCUAUAGCAUCUCUUCACAUGCAACAGUGUCUAACAACACAAAUGUGAUAUGGUAGGAUUUCCAGACCAUAUGAGCMACAUACUGUGAAAAAAUAGUGUUUCAUAGCAGGAGCACCAAGCAGCAUGUGCUUAUGUUGGAGCCCUUGGCCAGAACAGAACAAUAAAUAUCCCCUCUAAGAAUAGGCCUGGUAUGCAGCCAUUGACCCUCCCUCGCUAUAAAUCAAUACAGCGUAAUGAGCCUUUUAAAGAUGCAGUGUUAGGGGUCUCCUUCGGGGUAGGUUUCUAAUGGAUGGAUGUGUGAAUGGAGGGCUGGAUGCAGUCAGUCCCUUAGAGGACUCCAACUCCCAGAAUGCACCAAAUGACAGGCGCUGUUGACAAGCAGAUAAACAGGACCGGCUAGCUUGUUUAAAGGGGAAACAACAUUGUUAAUGAAAUAAUAAACAUAUCUACGUACUAUACUUAAAAAGUUGCCAAGAAAUACUGGCAAAGCCUCACGCCCUUUCCAAUCACUUCAUUUUCAUCACAUUCUCUCUUUCUCUCUCUCUCACUUCCACACACCUAUUCACUCACGCAAUCACUCCUGCUGAAAUUGUUUUGGUUUUUGUUGUUGUUGUGACUUUCACAGCUGGCUCAUCAGCAGUGCACCCACCCAAAACAGUUUCCUGCAAAAGUGCAGCUACUCAGUCCUGGGCCACGUUCAGUAGGCAAACAUUGAGGAAUGCUGCAGAUAGAAAUGUCAUGAGGAAUAGAACUCCCAGCUAUUUUGCUCCUUGGAAGUUGUGUAAACUUAAGUUUUUGGUUUCCCAUUGGUUCUGGGAACGAAGUCAUAUGUUUCCUGACCGGUAAAUCUGAAUGUUUUUAAAGCAUUCUGAGAAUGGAAAUUAACAAUUUGCCUGUUCUGGGAAUGUUCAUUUUUGGGUUGCAGGGAGGUUCUGAGAACGUUUUACUACUUUCCAUGAAAGAUUUCAUUAAGAUUCUGAGAACGGAAAUUAUACGUAAUUUCAAGGUAAUUAAAUAAUAUUCUGAGAACAUGUUUCAAUAAGACUUUUAAUAACACUGUUUUGUACUCCAAGUACAGAUAGCAAAUUAAUUUCCAUGUGUCCCAAGGCAUUAAUCAUGCAAACACAUGUAUUUUUAUUGUGGCCCGGCAUCAGUGAAAUUUGAACCUAUGAUCUUCUGUUUCUAUCCAUGGAAUUAGUCCACUGCGCCACCAGG